AUGAUGGAAGAGCUCAAUGAUGAAGUGCAGAUGGUGAGGAAUUACACCGUGAACGCGAAGUCCAAGAGUGUCUAUCUUUAUGGAAUUAUUAAGUACGUUUUGUGGUUCCACGACCACAAGCCUGGAGGCGUUGAGCCUAGUUUACGGGCACUUUUGGACACAGUAACUACGGAUGACACUACUGAGGCAUACAAACAGAAACAGAGCCAUGUGAAGCUUUACGUGGAGUGUGAUCGUAGAGAACAGCCUUUGGAUCUAGUGGAUUCUAAUGUGCAUAAUUUCGAGUGCUUUGUGAUGUCACUUCGGAAAAAGGACGGCAAGAAACCAGGAAAGUCGCUGUAUGGAUCAAUGAGAUCCAGUCUUUUCCAUUUGUAUCGGUUGUACGACGUGCAGAUGCCAGAUAACUACGACAACGAGCCAAGGAAGUUCUCUAAGGGCUUAAAGCGCAGCGUGUACUCGGAUUUAGCUCGAGCUCGCUAUUGUUUCCUGGUCGGAACCAAUACGACAGAUACAGCCGAAACUUAAAGGCUGUAAUGGGAAUUACGUCUGUAGCUGAGGAAAUGGAAUAUACUGGGCACAUUCCUUCUGAUUAUGGGUGUCAUUCGGCGAGAAAGGGAUCUUCUACUUACGUAUCUGGGUGCUGUACAGGUGGUCCGUCGUCAGCUUCGGUGUGUUUAAGAGCUGGUUGGAAUUUACCUGAAGUACAAGACACAUACGUCCGUUAUGAAGCUGCUGGAGACCGAGUAGUAGGGCGUUUUGUUGCCGGGCUUCCGUACGAGACCCCUAACUUUGCUGUACAACCUCCUUUAUUCGAAAGUUGUGACGAAC